GUUUUGCAUGUAUGUAUAAAGAGAUGAUGAUGGUCUUGUAGAAGGACUGAAUCUGAAAGACAGAGAUCUCUUCUUCUAUUUUUUUUCACCGGUAUAAUUUUGACAUUCUUUAUUGACUGGAUUUAUUGGCUUCCCAACUAACCUUAAUCAAUUCAAAAUGAUUCAUUAUAUCAUCACUUGGCACACAAUACGAAAAUUACAGUUUACAGUGAAGGCAAUUAACUGUACCCUGCAAGACAUCCGUAGAGUGAUAAGCUGUCAUUGCUUUUGUAAUAGUAGUUAGGGUUAGAAGUGUGAACUUGAAUCAAAUUCCCUUUAUUCCUCCUUAUGGAUGUUCUUCCUUUGAAAAAUUGCAUUCCGUAUGAGAAUGGUCUCAUUAUGCAUAUUGACUGAUAACUUCCGUUUUCAAUAUUUAUACUCAGUGAUGUACAAAAAACAUGACACCUUGUAGCUCUGAAACUUGUUCAGACGCCUUGAAAGUCUAGCCCUAAACACACUAGUUAUUGCUCCUUAUUUACUACACCAACUUCAUACUCAUCAUCUUCUCCUCUUAAAUGCUUCAUAUCACACCACCUACUCCAUAUUAACUGAUCACAUAUCUCCUCUGUUUCAUAGUUGAAAUGCUGGCUAGCCUAACUUUCAUUACUCUUACCAAGUGUCCAACCAUGGGUUUCUCAAGAAAGUGUUUCUCGUGCACUUCUCUUCUUCUUCUUCUUCUUCUUCAUCUUCUUGUUACUCUUUUCCCUGUUUGUCAUGGCCAACUUGUACCUGGUUUUUUCAUCUUUGGUGAUUCUGUUGUUGAUGUUGGUAACAACAAUAACCUUUACACUCUAGUCAAAGCUAACUUCCCUCCUUAUGGAAGAGAUUACACUUCUCACUCCCCAACUGGAAGGUUUUGCAAUGGAAAGCUGGCCACUGACUUUACUGCUGAAAACCUUGGUUUCACUUCAUACCCACCUGCUUAUCUUAGUGCUGAAGCCAAAGGAAAACAUCUCUUCAAAGGAGCCAACUUUGCUUCUGGUGCUUCUGGUUAUUUUGAUGGAACUGCACAAUUAUAUCGUGCAAUUUCAUUGACACAACAGUUACAGUAUUACAAGGAGUAUCAAGGAAAAUUGGUAAAGAUUGCAGGGCAAGCUAAAGCUACUUCGAUAAUCUCUGGUUCAAUCUACUUGAUAAGUGCUGGUAGUAGUGACUUUGUUCAGAACUACUACAUCAAUCCGGCUCUGUACCAAACUUAUACACCUGAUCAGUUCUCAGCUGAACUCCAAAAAAAUGUUUAUACCUUUAUUCAGAAUCUAUAUGGGUUAGGAGCAAGGAGAAUUGGAGUAACAUCAUUACCACCGAUUGGAUGUUUGCCAGCAGCAAUUACUUUGUUUGGUUCUGGGAAUAAUCAGUGUGUGGAUAGGAUGAACCAAGAUGCAGUUUCAUUCAAUAGCAAACUCAAGAACACUGUUGAUGGUCUGCAAAAGAAGUUUUCUGGCCUUAAAAUGGUCACCUUUGAUAUCUACCAACCUCUUCUGGAUCUCGUCAGCAAACCAUCCGAGCAUGGGUUUUUCGAGACGAGGAAAGCAUGUUGUGGGACAGGAACGAUCGAGACGUCACUGUUAUGCAACGCAAGGACUGCUGGAACUUGUUCGAAUGCUACUGGGUAUGUGUUUUGGGAUGGAUUUCAUCCAUCAGAAGCUGCAAACAAGAUCUUAGCUGAUGAUCUUCUUACUCAAGGGAUCGACCUUAUCGGCUAAGCUAUCAACUGAUUACACUCUGCUCUACUUAAUCAGUUGUAUUAUCUUUUAAAUACGUUUAGAAAUGGAUGUUUAAGCGUAGAUAAGUCUUAUUUUUAUUUUAAAUUGCUGGUUGCAGUUGUAGUUUGGCAGUUAAACUGAGCAAGUUGUUGAAUGGGGUUCUAUUA